CUAUACUACAGUGCAUACCGAACGCGUCCUUCGCUCUCUCCUCGUCCCCGUUGCGCGCGCUUGAGAAACCCUAGAUCUCUUCGCAGCGAUCGAAACCCCGAUCAGUCCCCAAGAAUCGGAUGAGAAGAUGGGAUCGUCUCAGAAGAAGAUCCCUUUCCACAGACACAGGGAAGUGGAGGAGGCCAGGAAGAAGAGGGAGGACGAUGAAGCUGCUCGUGUCUAUGCCGAGUUUGUUGAGUCUUUUAAGGCCGACAGCACUCUUGGGUCAAAGGCUUUUGUUAGAGGAGGAGUUAUCGAUCCAAAUGAGAAGCUGAAGGCGGAUUCAGAAGGUGGAAAGUCCAAAGAUGGGGCAUCUGUUCCAAAGAAGGGAAGUAGGUAUGUCCCAUCUUUCUUGCCACCAGCAUCUCAAGGAAGAGAUGCUGAGAAAAAGAAGGAAGAGGAGAAGCCAAGGGAGAAGGAGAAAGGGAAGCAACGAGCCAUCGAUAAAUUUUUGGAGGAGCUGAAGUUUGAACAAGAAUUAAGGGAUAAGCGUAAUCAAGAACGCGAACAGUGGCGAGAAGGUCGCCACAAUGAUAAUAAAGCUCCACCUAGCCAUUUUGAUGAGCUACCAGAUGAUUCUGAUCCAAGUGGAAAAUUUCCAGGUUCGUUUGAUGAUGGGGAUCCUCAAACCACAAACUUGUAUGUUGGGAACCUCUCACCAAAGGUGGAUGAAAAUUUUCUUUUGAGAACAUUUGGGAGGUUUGGACCCAUUGCUAGUGUGAAGAUAAUGUGGCCUCGAACCGAGGAGGAAAGGCGGAGGCAAAGAAAUUGUGGCUUUGUUGCUUUCAUGAACAGAGCUGAUGCACAAGCUGCCAAGGAUGAAAUGCAAGGUGUAGUUGUUUAUGAAUAUGAGUUGAAGCUUGGAUGGGGUAAAUCUGUGGCUCUUCCAUCCCAGGCAUUGCCUGCUCCCCCACCUGGUCACAUGGCCAUCAGAAAUAAGGAGGGUGGUACUGUGAUUAUAUCUGGCCCUGAUGGUGCAGCAGUUACUUCUGUUACAAAUCAAAACUCCGAGUUGGUGCUUACUCCAAAUGUUCCAGAUAUAGUGGUCGUACCUCCAGAUGAUGAUCACUUACGACAUGUGAUGAACACAAUGGCAUUGUAUGUUCUUGAUGGUGGAUGUGCUUUCGAGCAAGCUGUAAUGGAAAGGGGCCGCGGAAAUCCACUUUUUAACUUCUUAUUUGAUCUUAGAUCAAAAGAGCAUACAUAUUAUAUCUGGAGGCUUUACUCCUUUGCCCAGGGUGAUACGCUUCAGCGAUGGCGGACAGAGCCCUUCAUCAUGAUUACGGGCAGUGGAAGGUGGAUUCCACCUUCUUUGCCACCUAGUCGAAGCCCUGAGCAUGAAAAAGAGUCUACUUUUGCAGCUGGUAGAAGCAGGCGUGUGGAAUUGGAGCGUACAUUGACAGAUGCCCAGCGAGAUGAAUUUGAGGACAUGUUGCGGUCCUUGACUUUAGAGAGGAGUCAGAUAAAAGAAACUAUGGGGUUUGUGUUGGAUAAUGCUGAUGCUGCUGGAGAGAUAGUUGAGGUUCUUACCGAGUCUUUAACACUUAAAGAAACGCCUAUACCAACCAAGGUUGCAAGACUUAUGCUGGUAUCUGACAUUCUGCAUAACAGUAGUGCCCCAGUGAAGAAUGCUUCUGCAUAUCGUACUAAGUUUGAAGCAACCUUGCCUGACAUAAUGGAGAGCUUCAAUGAUUUGUAUCGCAGCAUCACUGGACGGAUCACUGCCGAAGCACUGAAGGUAACUCGAGACCUCCAUCAAGGCAUAAGUUUGUCAUUUUUGAUGUUGUCAUCACAUGUUGCAUGUUACUUGUGUUGGCUGCAGGAAAGAGUUCUCAAGGUUAUUCAAGUAUGGGCAGACUGGUUUCUCUUUUCAGAUGCAUAUUUGAGUGGGCUGCGAGCCACUUUCCUUCGAUCAAGCAAUUCAGGUGUCAUCUCCUUCCAUUUGAUAUGUGGUGAUGCACCAGAGAUUGAAAAUAAAACUGGCCAUGAAGAUGCAACUUAUGAUGGGGGUAAGCCUAACCAAGAUGGUGCAUUGGCAAUGGGAAGGGAAGCAGCCAUGAAGGAGCUACUGUGCCUUCCUAUUGCUGAACUAGAAAGGCGCUGCAGGCACAAUGGUCUGUCACAGUGUGGUGGAAGAGAGAUGAUGGUUGCCAGAUUGCUUAAUCUGGAAGAAGCAGAAAGGGGGAGAGGCUAUGAACAAGAUGAUGAUCGAACAUAUGGACCAAGCUAUUCAUAUAAAUAUGCUAGGGAUGAGGGUGUCGGGAAUGCCCAUAAUGCUGGACAUGGAGAACCUAAACUUGAUACAGAAUUAUUGGGCCCGACUGGAUCAAAUCAGUAUGGCAACGAAGUGAUUGGGAAAGACUCUGUUUCACCUGAGCAUGAAGCAGUUACAAACGAGAGAGGAAAAUCUGAUCCAGUUUUACUAGUUUCUAAAUGGAGCCGAGAGGAUGAUGGUAGUGAUGAUGAAGAUAAGAAAAGUCCUUCAGGUUUGGGCUUAAGUUAUUCGUCUGGGAGUGAAGAUGCUGGUAAUCUUGGAAAGGCUGCUGAGUUGGAUGUCGUUGCUGAUGCUGGCAUUCAUACUCACCCUGACAAUGUUAUGAAUGAAGAAUAUAGACAGAAACUAAGGCGUUUAGAGGUCGCUGUAAUGGAAUACCGUGAAUCUCUUGAAGAACAGGGCUGUCGAGGUAAAGAUGAAAUCGAAAAGAAGGUAGCGAUUCAUCGAAGACGACUUCAAUCUGAAUUUGGUUUAUCAGAUUCUGCCGAUGAUUCAUGGAGCAACAGGAAUCCAUCUGAAAGGAUAUCUAUGGAGAGGAAGGAGAGACAUGGUGUCGGUGAUACUGCAAGGAAGCGCCGUCGCAGCCAUAGUCAAAGCCGCAGUCCACAGAGGAAGUCAUCAGACAGGGAUCGAGAUAGGCACCGUGACAGAGACAGGUCACAGGAGGAGAGUGGGAGAGAGCGGUCACGUGAGAAGAGUGGGAGUAGAGAGAAGGACAAUCAUCAUGACAAGGAUAGGACGAGAGAGAGGGACAAGGAUCGGAGGAAAAAUGCGAAAUAAACCACUGCAGGGAGUAUGAAUUGGCUCUGAGUACAGGAUUGCUUCUCAUGUGGCUCACAGAUGUUUGCGCCAGAGACCAGUGAAGGAGAGUGCCUGAAAAUGCAAUCUUUUUGAAGUCUAUAGUUUAUUGAUUGGGUUUGGCUCAAGAAAGGUGAAGGCCGCCUUCAGUACAUUCACAUGAAAGGAGAAGCACCUAAACUGAGUUGGAUAUUGUAAAAUCUUAAUUUAGAUGCGGGUUCUGUUUUAAACAAACUGAGUUUUUCUCAGCUGAGAAAUGUGUAAGGUUUGUAGGUCCUAUGAGAUUGUAAGAUAUUUCUGCUGCUCAAAUGUUGGUGCAAGUGAAAAGAAAUAUAUAUUAUCCAAAGCAAAACCGUUGUUGCCUUUCACGAAGGUAAAGAUCAGAAAGUGGCCACCUCAUGAGACUUAGCUGUAGUAAAAAUUCUCCUCAAAAUACCGUAAAUUCUAACAUUACUUGUACGCAUACAAAUCUAAAACAAAAUUUACUUUUGGGUAAA